CGAUAAAUCCGACGUGAUUGCAAGCCAAAGCUGCUGCGCACGCCCCUGAGCGUUGCGCCGAACCUGUGCUCGAAAGCCGGCCCAAGAACCCAAUGCCCGUCUCCUUCAAACCGUUCGCUUCGCCGGGAUUGGCGCGCACCCUGAAGGGAUUAGCGCUGGCCGCUGCCUGGCUCGGACUGAUCGCCUCGCAAGGCUCGGAGAUGGCCCAGGCGCAAGUGCGCCGCGUCAAGGACGUCGUUGAGAAGGCAUCCAAGGCGAAGCCGCCGUCGCACCGCAGCCAGCGUCAGGGCAUGUUCGCGCUGACGCAGAUCGAGCGGGCGAGCGUCGUCAUGCUGGGGGACAGCCUCACCGAACGGGCGCAAUGGUCCGAGAUCACCGGCUGCCCCUUCGUCGCCAACCGCGGCAUCGGGGCGGACGAUUCCGCCGGCGUGCUCCGCCGCCUCGACGAGGUCACCAAGCUCAAUCCUUUCGCCGUGUUUCUCAUGAUCGGCGUCAACGACGUGGCCUCGAGCGUACCGGUCGAGAAAAUCGCCGCAAACGUCCAGCAGGUCGUCGCGCAACUGAACGAGGCCGACGUCAAGGUAUACCUGACCGCCGUGCUGCCUGUGACACAGGGCUAUCGCCGCAAAAUCAACCCAAAGAUCAAUGAGUUGAAUGUCCUUUACGCGCGCAUGCAGUCGGACAGGGUGAAGUUCAUCGAUUUCACGCGCGACGUCGUGGGCGAGGAAGGCGCACUCGCCGAUACUCUGAGCAUCGACGGUAUCCACCUGUCGCCCGAGGGGUAUCGCAUCUGGCGCGAUGCCAUCACGCCCCUCGUAAGCGAGCACUGCGUUAAUCCACCGAGGCCGACGAAGGCCGCGCGCAC